CGGCUUCCGAGGUUCUGUCCGAAGGAGGGAUUGGCGAGGUGGGGGCGGAUCAGGCCUGUGAAGCGCCGAGCUGGGAGGCGUGAGGGCUGCGGUGCAAAGGCCGAGUGUUUCCCUCCCCUUGGGAAGGCGAAGGGAGCUUCCUCCCGCCCUCCCUCAGGAGUUUGUCUCACAGGUGCUGCGAGAAUGACCAUGGCCCAGGCCGGAGCGGUGGUGGCGGCCGCUACGGGAGUCCUCGUCUUCUUCCUGUAUGCCUCCAUCCACAGGGUUGAGGAGGGGCACCUGGCCGUGUACUACAGGGGUGGUGCAUUGUUAACUAGUCCAAGUGGACCAGGCUACCACAUCAUGUUGCCCUUCAUCACCACAUUCAAAUCUGUGCAGACCACCCUGCAGACUGAUGAAGUGAAAAAUGUGCCUUGUGGAACAAGUGGCGGUGUUAUGAUCUACAUCGACCGAAUAGAAGUUGUGAACAAAUUGGCACCAUAUGCAGGUAUACCCAGUUCUGUCUCAACAAGCAGCACUGUGGCUGCCUUCACCCUCAGGCAGCUGUGUCUUGGUUUGCAACACCUUCCAUUAUCGGUGGCUUGUUGCCUUUAUGGUUCCCAGUACUUAGAUUCAUGCCUGUGCCUGCAAGCCUUUGAAAGAACCACAGAUUUGCUGAGAUGAAAUCAAGUUCUAGAA